AUGCAUUAUAUCACCAAGCUGCUUGCUGCUAUGUUUUGCUUCGCAACGGCAGCCGGGCUUCAGACACGGUUCAUCAGAGUACGUGGUCGGCUCAUUUGCGGCAAUGAGAGCCUUAAGAAUACAAAAGUGAAGCUAUGGAAUAAACAAAAAUUUGCACUGGCAUCGAGGAAUACUAAUGCAGAUGGUUAUUAUGAACUGCAAGGCGGAAUCGAGUCAGGUUCUAAAGCGGACAUUGUCCUCAAGAUCUACCACCAUUGCGACUUCAACCAAUUUUACCUCACUGAAAGGAUUGACAUAAAACGGUGGUUUGAAGCUGGCACAUUGAACAUGCAGUUGCAAUUCUCUCGCGAAAAGAAACAUUGUGAUUUUACGGGAUGA